AUGACUUUAACUGGAGACCUGCGACAGCGAAACUGCACCACUCUGUUCACUGAGAUCCACACCAGUCAUUCUGAUAAAUAUUACCUCAGAAUAGAAAACCAAGGGUUCAAGAGCACUGCCACCUGUGACCCGCUGCAGAUACACGUCCGAGACUCUGCCUGGAGGCCCUCAGUGCAGAUCUCUGGUUCUCUCAGGGAGCAGCAGACCGUGGUCAUCAGCUGCUCUGCUCUCACUCCAUGUCCAGACGCUCCUCCUGUUCUCAGCUGGAGCCUGCAGCAGACGCCUGCUCACAGCCUGCUGCCAAACCCUGAUGGAACCGUCAACAGCAUCAUCCAGCAGAGCCUGCUGUUGUCUGAGGAGCACCACGGACUGGAACUGCUCUGCUCCGCCCUGUAUCCAGUGAGAGGAGGAUACAAGGAGGCAAAGACCACAAUGACCCUCACCGUGGACCACUCGACCCACCUACAAGCCAGGCGACGUACCACGGGACAGACCGCUCGCGGGCCCCCGGGGACCUCUCCGUCCAUGAGAGACAACCCCCGGCCGGACCCGCUGCAACGCAUCGGGACGUGA